UUUCAGUUAUCUAACAGACUAUGGCGGCAACAGUUCCACUACUCCUGGAAGAAGAUAUCGAACUUGGCUUACCUCCCAUGUAUGAGGAAGCACUGAAUGGAAAACGAACAUUGCAGAAUUGUCCACUGGAACACCACCGGUCUUUUAAUUUCAGUCCCGGCAAGACAGUAACAAACUUGACACCUGUUAUAUAUGCCACUGUCGCUAUUAGAUUAGGAUUUCUAAGAAAAGUCUUUGGUAUACUGUUUUUGCAACUGUUCAUAACAGUCAUACUUUGCACGGCAUUGUACGUAACGUCAGAAAUUCGUCUUUUUUUGCAACAGCAGUCAUGGAUCGUACUUGUUUCUCUCAUUGGCUCUUUCAUUCUACUUUUUGCAAUGUUUAUCCACGCCCGUUCGGUACCUCUCAACUACAUAUUAUUGGUAUCUUGGACUAUUAUGCAGUCCAUCACUGUAGGUGCUGUUGUUUCCUUCUUCGAAGUAGAGGUCGUGAUUGAAGCAGUUGGUCUAACGACAUUGACUGUUAUUGGCCUUUUCGUUUAUACACUGCAAUCAAAGCGUGAUUUCCAAAGUCACUGGGCUGCCUUAUUCAGUGUUUCCAUGGUUUUCCUGGCUGCUGGUUUUAUAAAUCUGCUUAUACAAUCAGCAUUAUUUGAUUUCCUGGUAGCUACAUUUGGUGCUGUUUUAUUUUCCAUAUAUUUGAUAUUCGAUAUUGAUCGUAUCAUGCAUCACACUUCACCUGAAGAUUAUAUCGAAGCAUGCGUAUCAUUGUAUUUAGAUAUUAUUAACCUAUUCUUGGAAAUAUUGCAGAUUUUAAAUGAAGCUAGUCGAAAUUAGUUUGAUAAUUUCACUGGCGG